UCCAUUAAUGGCGAUCUAUCCUCAAAUCAUAUAAAAUACCAGUGAAUAACUGCACUAUUCCCUUCCCAUUUAUUCAAAUUGGGUCCCCUAUAUUCAUAAAUUCAUCAUCAAAUUCCCAGCUAAUCAAAUCAUAUACACAUGGCCAAUAGCAAUCACAACCACAAGCCUUCCAACUCCACCACCACCGGCGCCGGCGCCGAUGGACUUUCUCAAAGAAUUAACAGCCCAAGAUUCUCCGGUCCGAUGACGCGCCGUGCCCAAUCAUUCAAACGAAACAACAACAAUAACAGCAGCAGCAGCAACAACAAUACUAACGCUAGUAAUACUCAUCAUGAGAUUGAUGUUCCACUCAACUCACCUAGAUCUGAACUCGCUGAUGGGUUUGACUCGGUGAGUGAAAAGAAACAGACCCGUCUGACCCAACGGGUUCAGACGAAGAGAAGUGGCUCCGGUGGCGGAUCCGGUAACGUCGAUUUUGUUGCGGCGUUUGGAUUAGGUGGAACAGAGAAGAAGAAAUUAGUGGGGCAAUGGAUGUUUUUUGUGUUUUGUGGGUUCUGUUUGUUUUUGGGAAUCUUGAAGGUUUCCGUUAAUGGGUGGUUUGGAUCUGCAAUUGAAAGAAUUGGGUUUGAUCAGGAUUACUCGGAUUCAUCAAUCUCUCAUAAGAACCUAAGGGAUCAUAUUAAUAGAUAUCAAGAUGAAAAGAAUCAUGUUGGAGUUCAAGAAAACGAUGUGAAACAAACUCUAAAGAUGGUAUCUUCGGGUAUAGUUGGUGACCAUGAUAACAAGGAUGAUUUCACAGGUAUAUGGACCAAGCCAAGUAGCGGGAAUUUCACUCAGUGCAUUGACCGUCCGAAAAGUCAAAAGAAGUUGGAUGAGAAGACCAAUGGUUACCUUCUUAUCAAUGCAAAUGGAGGCUUGAAUCAAAUGAGAUUUGGGAUAUGUGAUAUGGUUGCUGUUGCUAAGAUUAUGAAGGCCACAUUAGUCCUUCCUUCUCUUGAUCAUACUUCCUACUGGGCUGAUGAUAGUGGCUUCAAAGAUCUGUUUGAUUGGCAACACUUCAUCGAAACCUUGAAAGAGGAUGUCCACAUAGUUGAGGCAUUGCCACCUGAGUAUGAGGGACUUGAACCAUUUGCCAAGACUCCGAUUUCAUGGUCAAAGGUUAGUUACUAUAAAAUGGAGAUUGUGCCGCUUUUGAAACAUCACAAAGUUAUCUAUUUCACCCAUACUGAUUCAAGAAUCGCCAACAACGGUAUCGCACACUCUGUUCAGAAACUAAGGUGUCGUGUCAAUUAUAAGGCUCUAAAAUAUUCUGCACCGAUUGAAGAACUAGGGAAGACUUUGGUUGCUAGAAUGCGACAAAAUGGAAGCCCAUAUCUUGCUUUGCACUUGAGAUAUGAGAAGGAUAUGCUUGCAUUUACGGGCUGCAGCCACAAUUUGACAGCCGAAGAAGAUGAUGAACUGCGUAGGAUGAGAUAUGAAGUGAGUCAUUGGAAGGAGAAAGAAAUAGAUGGAUCGGAGAAAAGGCAACUUGGCGGGUGCCCUUUGACCCCAAGGGAGACAUCCCUUUUGCUCAAAGGGUUGGGCUUCCCGUCCACAACCCGAAUUUAUUUGGUAGCUGGUGAAGCAUACGGGAAAGGGACAAUGCAAAGUCUAAACCACGAUUUCCCAAACAUUUUCUCGCAUUUCAGUCUUUCAACUGAAAACGAAUUGAAGCCUUUCAGAAACCACCAAAACAUGCUGGCUGGCUUAGAUUACGUAGUUGCCCUCCAAAGCAACGUCUUUGUGUACACUUACGAUGGGAAUAUGGCAAAGGCGGUUCAAGGUCAUAGGCGCUUUGAGGACUUCAAAACAACUAUCAAUCCCGACAGGAUGAAUUUUGUUAAACUCGUCGAUAAAUUGGACAAGGGGAAAAUAUCUUGGGAGAAAUUCAGUUCUCAAGUGAAAAAGCUUCACGAAAACAGAGCUGGAGGUCCAUAUGCACGGGAAGCAGGAGAAUUUCCAAAAUUGGAAGAAAGCUUCUACGCAAAUCCACUUCCCGGGUGUAUAUGCGAUACAACACAUGAAAAAUAAGGCUAAAAACCGAUCCCAUUGUGCAGAACAUCACUUAAACUCGUGCAAAAACAGACAUAUACGGAUGGAAUCAGUCAAUACCGAAUGGGGUUUCAUAUCUAGUUGCAGAUUGAUUGGUCAACUAUUUAUAUUUAUACAUCAGGGUCAACCUCAUCGCGUCGUUCUACGAGCUGCGAGUAAUUUGAACAGCUGAGCUCGGAAUUUUUAGAAUUGGCGCGGGCUGUAAGUUCAAAUUUUUAGCAUAGGAAACAUGAAAUCGAAGUAGUGUAUACUUGUUUCAUAACUUAUAUGAUACAACAAAUUUCAUGUUUGUAUUUUGAUCCCAACUCAGAAUAGAAGGUUCCGAUUCCUGUUUCAUAUUCUGGAUUACUUGGGUAACCAUUUAUUGAUGAAAUAUUGGAUGAACCAUAUAAAUCUCUUGUUAA